GGUCGCGCGGAUGAUUUGAGUUUUGUUUGAAUGGCCGAAGACCAAGGGGAGUACCGUGUUUUUAAGUUUUGGCAAUGUAGAGAUGGCAGCGACACAAAACCUGUCGGAUUCAGACCGAUCGUCUGCAAGCGACCAAUCUGUGUCCAGUCGGAGCGGUAAUAGAAGUCUGAGAGUUGCCGAGAAGGAGAGGAGGAAGAAUGAGGCGGAGGACCCAUUUGUUUUAGCCCUGAAGUACUUCUCUGACGUUGAAGCAGGGACUCCUGUUCACGGGAACGAUGAGCUGGAGAGGAACCUGGUGCAUGUGGAGAAGGUGGCCUAUAUUCAGGGACUUCCCCCAGAAGCAGUUUCUGUUAUGCUGGAGUUUGCUAUGAGCCUCCGUAUGGGGACUGCUCCAUGUGUCCGGGUGCUCAAGUGCCUGAUUCCUGCCUCUGUGGUACCACAGGAGGCUGUUGUUCGAGCAGUGGUUUGGCUGAGUGUUGGGAAAAUGCCCGUCAGCACUCAGGUUCUUUUCAUAAAGUGGGUGUUGACUGUAUUCGAUAUGAUUGAUGUAAAGGACCAGCUACGAGCUAUUUAUGGCUUCAUCUUCAACUUUGUUACAGAUGAAAAUCUGUGCCCUUUUGUCUGCCAUCUUCUGUAUCUUUUGACCAGAAAGGAAAGCGUGCGAGUCUUCAGAAUCAGGAAACUACUGGAACUACAGUCUAAACUGGGAAGGCAGCCUUUCCUCCUGCACCUACUCUCACUUUACAAAGUGUUCUGCCCUGAACUGGUGACAAUCUCCAUUCCAUCACGGAUGAAGAGUGGGUUUAGGAACCACAUUUCUCCCUGGAAAUCAGCACUGAGUGCUGUCCAGAAGAGGAAUGGUUUGCAAGGUGCUUCCAGCAUCAGUCUGGUCUUGACGAACAAGGAUAAAACCAAGCCAAGAAAAAGGAAACACUGCCACCUGGAAUUUCCCGCAUUGAUUCCUGCAGUGAACAAAGAGGCUCAGCCUCAGCAGUCCUCCAGCAGAAAGGUGGUCCCUCUGGUGGAGCUCCACUCCUUUGCUCAGCUGCUGGAAAAUAUGCAUCAUAUAGAGAUGCCCGCUCAGAUGGGCUCACUGCUGGGUUCCAGUCUGGCACUGCAGUACCUGGACUGUGUGCAGGAUGAGUCUGCCCUCCUACGCCUCAAUUUCUGGUUAGGCUACGCUUUUCACGAAGAAUUUUUAUUCUGUGGCGACGGAGGAGCCAGCCAGACUUCAGAAGAAGCUCUCCAGUUUUUGAACAAGUUGCUGUCUGCACAGCACUUUCUCCAGGAAGGGUUUUCCAGUUCAGAGGCUUUCCUCUAUAAAUUUCUGAAUGUUUGGGAUGGCUCUCUACUCCGUCCACAGAUCCUUGGCCUGCUGAGCAACAUUCCAGUUGUCCCAAGUUCCCAAAUCAGAAGGCUUCUGUUCGAGCCCCUCAUGCAGCUUUUCUUCACGUCCUCGCUGUUUUUCAAGUGUGGACUGAUGGAGUGUCUUAACAAUAUGCUGUUGAAGUGGCUGACUUGGCACUCUGUAUUUGCACUGGAGGAUGACCUGGACAUCAGCCUUAACAGCCACACAUCCAUAAACAUGACCCUGUCAGGGUUUAAAGACUCAGUAAUGGAGCUGAUUCACUUUGUGGGUCGGCUGGCCUCUGUGGGCCUUCAGCUCGAAGGCUGUCACUGUCUUCUCCUCAGUUUUGUCCUGGACUUCUAUGAGAUGGUUUGUGACACAUUUCUGAAGUAUGGCCUCCCCCUCAUAGUGAUGCCUCCAGCUGGCGUUUUUUACCCAGCCCUGUUUGCCACUGACCCCGUCAGCGUGGACAGACUGGCCUACAUCAUGCACAGGUACAAAGUGAACUUGAUGUCAGCCAAGAAUCAAAAGAAAGUGACAGAGCAGGCCUUUCACAUCAGCCGCCAGACUUUCUGCGAGUUCAACCGCUACAUAGUCGUCAUGGUCAACUGCCUGUGGAACUCCAUAAUGUUUCAUCCAGGCAUGGGCGUACAGCUGGGAGAAGAGCUGCUUCUCAAGAGCAACGUGCCACAGUACCGCUCGAGCUUCGACCUCAUCCACCACCCUGCUUUCAUGAGCUACGCCGUUAACUUUCACCACAAGUGUUGGCCGGGGAAAAAGGACACGGACCUCAAUUCCAUAAAGCACUCAAAGCCAUGGAGCUGGUACCUGGAGUAUCUGUUCACUCAGGGUUAUGACGGCCUUAAGCACUUUUUUCAGAGUAACAUCAACUGGCAGCUGAAAGCAAGCGACGGGCAGGGCGACACGCAGCAGAGGUAGAAGCUCAACUCAGUGGAGGCCAAAAACGACGACUUGCAUCUUACAUCUUUUUUUUUGUAAUUUUAUUUUAAGGACUUGUACAUACUUCAUCUGCUCGCCUCUUUGAAGUGCGCGAGUAUAUUUUUAUGUAAAUAGAUUUAUCUGUGCUUAUUGUUUCUAAUAGUCCAGCUUGUCAGCUGCAAAAACGGACUCUUGCACGCUUGGAAACAUAAACAAGUGUGAGACUUUUCCCUUUCAAACAAAUAAAUAUGGCCUGUUUAACAGCACAUCACAAUUCACAGGAUGCAGGUUUAAAAACCAUUUAACAAUUUCAAGCCCUGAGUUUUGCCUCUUAUAAAACAGCAUUGUUGUUUAAUUUCAGUAGGGAUCAACUUGGAUGGUUUUUGGCCCCUUGCUCCUUCUCUACAUUUAAAAAUGCCUUGUAAAAAAAAAAAAAAAAUCACUUCAUGGACUUCAAGUUACUUUUUGAUAUCUUAUUCUAACUUAGAGAAUAUCAAACGCUUAACUUCUCUUGUGCUUGUGUCUGUAUAUUGUCCACAUUUCAUUUCAGCAUAAUUUGGAAGUUUAUUGAAGAAAAUACUUUGUAAAAGCAGUUGAAAAGAACUCCUACACACUCUCAUACUGCUGAAACAGUUUUUGCUUUUGAAUUUCAGUGUUUUGGUUUUACCCAAUGAAGGUUGGAUAGAACCCAGUUUGCAGGAUAAUUUGAAAUUCUGAAAACGCCCUUGGUUUAAAACAGAAACACACACAGAUACGAAUGGAAAAACAAAGCACAAUGUAUUUUGGGUCUGCAACAAAUGAUUAAUUUAACCAUUUGUUGAGGAAAUGAAAACUCGCUGACUCAUAGUCCAUGGUUGCAUCCUUGGAUCCCGGCGCAUGCGUCAGUGUAUUGAGCUCUACACUGUUCAGUUAUUUUUUUUAAGGGGAUCUAUAAUGCUUUUAUUUUCUCACAUAUAUGGAUGGAUGGAUAUAUACUGUUACAGUCCAUAUACUCAUAUUAA